AUGCAGUCCAUGCCGUUGCUUAUUCGGCAAUCGCUUCGGUCUAGCAUACACCUCGCGCGAACCACUGCCCGACCAGUGCAGUCACGCCGUCUCCGCCCGACACCUCCGAACGCUUUUACCGUGAACCCGGCGUCACGGAGCUUCUCAGUCUGCCUCCAAUGCCAGUUCCGGCAGCACCCAGACUCCUCUUUUCCACAUGAUGACAAAGAAAAGCCCAUCUCUGAUGCAGAGAGGCUGAUCAACGCGGCCAAAGAGGCCAAUUCGUCCCAGGCGAUCCCUCUACCAGGCCCGAGUGCGGGGAGCUCUGGUGCCGUGAACACGUCCGCGACGGAUUCCGUAAAGCAGAUACCUCCCAAGCUAGAGGAACAGGUCCUAUCGGGCCAGAUAGAGCCAGAGAAAAAUACAGACCAAAGCCCGAAUGCGGAGGGUGAGCAGCGCGGCGGCCUUCCCUCCUAUAUUGAGAGCCGCCGGUCCAAAAUGUCUAAGCAGUUUAGCACGAUGAUGGACAAUCUUCAGUCAAAUGUAUUUGUUGCGGGCCAACGCCUAAAUGAUCUGACCGGAUACUCCGGCAUCGAGGCUCUCAAGAAUGAAAUCCACACCCAAGAAAACCGACUUCGAGCUGCCCGUGCACAAGUUCGCAAGGCCAAGGAGGAUUAUACGACCGCAAUCAACCGUCGCUCCGCCUCCCAGCGUGAAGUCAACGAUCUUCUUCAGCGCAAGCAUGCGUGGUCUUCAACUGACCUCGAGCGCUUUACUCUUCUCUAUCGCAACGAUCAUACCAACGAGGUUGCCGAGACCGAGACACAAGAGGCUCUAUCGCUGGCUGAACGCGAGGCCGAAGAAGCUGCAGCGUCACUCAGCAAGUGUAUUCUCUCUCGGUACCACGAAGAACAGGUCUGGUCCGACAAGAUCCGCCGGAUGAGUACCUGGGGUACAUGGGGCCUGAUGGGGAUGAACGUUCUCCUCUUCUUGAUCUUCCAGAUCGCUGUUGAGCCCUGGCGCCGGCGCCGGCUUGUCAAGGGAUUCGAGGACAAGGUAGUGGAGGCUUUGGAGAAGGAGAAAGCCCUGCACCGGACUGGCCCCGAGGGCUAUGUUAUGGCCUCUACUCUACCCGAAGUGAUCGAUUCUACCGUUGAAUCAUCGAUCGCGUCGAUCGAAACCCCUAGCAGUGAUGCAGCUCCCGUGGCAGCAGAGGUGGCCGCUUCACCCGAGUCUACUUUGUCCGAAACUACCACGCUGUCGGCAUCUCUUCCCCCCCCCUUAUCCCUCGAAUACUGGCAACAAGUAUUGAACGAGUUCUUCAAUGAGCGCACAUUUGUCAUCUCCCAGCGUGAUCUCACCCUAGCGGCUGUGCAGAGUGCUGCAGCUGGCGCGGCCGUGAUGGGCCUGUUGAUUGCUCUGGUGAGGCCCCGGUAA